UCGGCUUCAGUUGGAGUACGACGCCCGUUUGUAAUACACAGUUGUGCCAAGACGCUCCGGGAGGAUGGUGACUGGCUGUGCGUGGACAUCCGUCCUCUUGGCCCUCGUGGCCUGCCUCGAACCUCUCGCGGCUCACCAAGCAUACCAGCGACCAUUCUACACCUAUGCACUCGGCAAGACCCUCGAACCGACCCCCGAUGGUCAGCUCAAAACCGUCCAGGUGAAACUGAAGACGCCGAUCAGCUUCUACGACUACAUCUACGAUAUGAUAUACGUGAACGGAAAUGGAGUCUUGUCUUUCCUGGCACCGAUGCAAAUAUUCUUCAACAUUCCAUUCCCUCUGGACUACCCGAUAAUAGCACCUUUGUACACCCACGUGGACACCAGAGGAUCUGGGGUGGUUUACUGGGAGGAGACCGAAGACCCGAUUAGGCUCUCUCUGGCCGGUGAAAUCGUACGAGAUUCUUUUAAGGACGCGCUGGACUUCUAUCCCACCAGCUUGUUCAUAGUGACUUGGGAGAACGUCGGCUACUACAACGCAAAAAGCGACAAAAAAAAUACCUACCAAGUCGUGAUUUCGUCAAACGGAACCCACAGUUACGCUGAAUUCCUGUACGCUCCGCAAGGUAUUCAAUGGAUCCAAGCCGACUUUCAUCCCGGAGGUCUGCCAGAUGCCAGAGCUCAGGCUGGUGUCGUCGCCAGAGAUGGCCGCAUGUAUAUCUUGAAGGGCUCCGGCUCCGAUCAAGUUGUAAACCUCGACAAAUGGUCUAACAUCGGCGAACCUGGAAAAUGGGUUCUGGGAAUCGGCCCUAUCAACGAUUCGGCCAAUGUUCGACUCCCUGAUAAUAUUCAAGAUGCUCCGGCAAACAAUGAAAUCCCGAGCUGUCUGACCGGUGGGACGAGUUGUCACAGUAGAGCAGAAUGCGUCGACUACAGCCAGGGUUUUUGCUGCGUCUGCAAAACUGGUUUCUUUGGGAACGGAAAGUUUUGUCAACAGAACGAUUUACCUCUACGGGCAACUGGCAAGGUAACCGGAUUCGUGAACGAUGAGGAAUUCCCACCGAAGGAUUUGCAGUGUUACGUCCAAACUAAGGACGGGAGAACGUACACGGCUGUGUCCAAAAUACCCGAAUUCAUUGGUUCGAAAUCUCAGCUUCUCAAUAACCUGGGUGACGUCCUCGGCUGGCUCUUCGCAAAGCCCAUUGAGAAUACCAAGAACGGGUAUCAAAUAACCGGUGGAGUCUUCAACAUGACGGCUUCUAUCAUCUUCACAAACACGAGUGACAACGUGACCAUCUUCUCGCGAUACCUGGGAUUGGACGUCUUCGGGCAGUUAAAGAUGGAAGCGAAUAUCCGAGGUUCGUUGCCGCACCUGGCUCCGGACGCUCGCAUUGAAUACGAGGACCACGAUGAGCUUUACACGAAAACCCAGCCUGGAACGAUCAUCUCUCAAAGCAACCGUUCCUACAAAUUGAUCGGCGAAUCUGGUAUCGAACAUCCGUUCACUCAGUCCAUCGUAAUAACUUAUCAGCCCUGUGAGUACGCGCCUAACGAGGGAGAAGGAAACACUGUACGACUUAAGUUCUCGAGAGGUCUGAUAAGCUAUGAAGCAAGGGAACAAAUUAUACGCUUCGCAAUGAACACCAAGGUCGCGCCUCUCGAGGAAGAGGAUCCGUGCAUCGAGGGUAGAUCCCACUGCGGUGAUCACAGCUCAUGCAUAGUCGAGGGCGACAACUACAAGUGUGUCUGUAUUCCAGGGUAUCAAUAUUUGUACGAAGCAGACGGUAGCUUACACUGUGUCGACGUCAACGAAUGUACGUCGGGAAUUCAUACGUGCUCACCGGACGCAAUAUGCUUCAACAACGAAGGUAGUCACGUCUGUCAGUGCUUGGAUGGAUAUCAAGGAGACGGUCGUACCUGCGAGAGACUGCCAACCUGCGCGGACAAGGAUUGUGGUGAUUAUACCGAGUGUACAAUCGUCGAAGGACUUCCGCAAUGUUCGUGCAUUUGGGGAUACGAGCGAACAGACGAUGGCUGCUACCCUAUCAGAGAACUAAAUUGUGGUGACAAAAUGUGCUCUCCUUAUGCGUAUUGCUCUGAGAACGAAGCUACUCAAACCACAGAGUGUAUAUGUGACAGCGGUACCACAGGAGAUGGCUAUUCAUGUGAGCCCGAGGUGGACAUAGAGACCACAAUGUCGUCGUGGGUGACCGAAGGACCCCCAAUUCCCCAAUGUAUCCUCAAUCAGUGCUGGUGCCCAGUUGAAGGAUGGGAAUACCAAGACGAUAAUACUUGCGUUCAGACGAACCGUGGGUACAGCAACUCGACAGAUGGGCAAGAUCAAACUGAGAUCAGUCCUACAUACGAAGGCAACAAUGAAGACUUAUCGCCACGACCGCAACCCCAGUGUCUACCGGAGAUUGGUCGGUGUAUUUGCCCCUUGGGAUAUGCCUACGAUCCUGAAAAGGAUAUUUGCGUUCCCCAACCAGGAUACAACCACGAGACAAUGGGUUCUUCCGGAAAUCAACUAUCCUGCAACGUUUUGAAUGUCUGCGAUGCUUACGCACAAUGCGUCUACUUGCCGGAAGGCGAAGGAAUCUACGAAUGCCAGUGCAACGUCGGCUACGAGGGUGAUGGAUAUGAGUGCAGAAAGAUUGAAGUGAACUGUCUACAGGCAGACAUCUGCGACCCCAACGCAACUUGUAGACUAGACGAUUCCGCGAACUCCAAGUGCGUCUGCAACCCGGGAUUCGAGGGUGACGGAUCGAUUUGCACGCCAAUCGACGAGUGCAGCGGGAAUUCGGACUGCGGUGAAAAUCAGGAGUGUCGUUACAACCCGACCACUACGAGAUACGCCUGCGACUGUCUCCGAGGUUUUAACCGUGUGGACGAUGUCUGCAUGAUCGCUGACUGCUCGACUAACCCAUCUCAGUGUCACCUGAACGCCCACUGCGUAGCAAAAGCUGAGGGUGGCUUCACCUGCGCUUGCAUAUCCGGGUACAACGGGGAUGGCUUCCAAGAUUGCCGGCCGGAUCACGUCGGCUGUAACAUCAUCAACAACUGCGGACGCGACGCUGUCUGCGGCUAUGAUUCGGCCGCCACUCAUUACGCCUGCCAAUGCAAGCCGGGCUUUUUCGGUGACGGUUUCACCUGUCUGCCAGAGUCAUCAUGCAGGAGAGAUCCGAGCCUCUGUUCCGUCGACGCGACCUGCGUACCGGCCGGUGAGAACCAGUUCGCUUGCGUUUGUAACGCAGGGUUCACCGGAAACGGUGCCGACUGCCAAACCAUUCCUCAGUACGACUCGAAUAUUCUGCUGAUAAACCAGGGUAUGGCGAUGCUCAAGAUACCUUUUUUCCCGACACCCAAUAACCCGGGAAGUCCAAUCGCAAUCACCUCAUCCCAGAUGGCCGUAGGCCUGGACAUCGAUUGCUCCGCGGGGAGAACUUACUGGAGUGACAUAUCAGGGAACAAGAUAUCUUCGAUGAUGUACAAUGGGUCGGAUUCGAAAGUGUUUGUAACGGAUGUCAGCGCUGCUGAAGGAAUCGCCAUUGACUGGGUAUCACGAAACGCUUUCUGGACCGACUCAAACAAAGGAACUCUGGAGGUUGCAAACUUGGAUACUAAGAAGAGAAAAAUCCUCAUAUCGGAAGGACUCGUUAACCCCAGGGGAAUCGCGGCUCACCCUUAUCGAGGGAAAAUUUUCUGGUCCGACUGGAACCGUGCAUCUCCAAAACUGGAAUGGGCUAAUGAGGAUGGAACGGGCCGUGUUAUAUUCAUGCAAAACGAGUUUGUGAGGCUUCCAAACUCUUUGGCUAUCGAUUGGUCAACCGACGAGUUGUGCUGGGUGGAUGCCGGCUCCUUCUCCCUCAACUGCGCAAACAUCGAUACUCGAACAGUUCGUAUCGUAGCUGAAAAACUGUCAUACCCAUUCGGCUUGGCGAUAUCGCAAAACCAUUAUUAUUGGACGGACUGGAAGACGCACAAAAUAGAAGUCGCAUCUAAGAACUCUGGCAAAAGAGACAAGGCUUUUGGAAUUCCUCCUGGUGGAAGUGGCAAACUUUAUGGAAUAGUUGCAGUCCCGGAAUACUGUCCGAGAGUUUCGAACGUCUGUCAGUACGAAUUCGGUAGAUGCAAUUCGGAUCAGCUUUGCCUUCCGGAUGGCGAAGGCGGAAGGACAUGUGCUUGCGCAGACAACGCAUCGAGUCCAUGCACGGACGAAUAUCAGUCCAGAUAGACGCUGCAUGUUGUCUCAUCGUCAGAUUGGUGACUUUUGAUCGCCCAGUUUAGAAGCAUGAUGAAGAAGAAUGAAAAUAUGGAACGUGAUGGACAUUCGAAUCAGAAUUCUCGAUCAAGAGUUGGAUGUAGUUACGUAAGCUCAUAUCAAAACUAGCAUCACCAAAUAGACUAUAUAUAUAUAUAAUAUUUUUGAUGUAAUAUUAGAAAACAUAUAAUAUGUAUACGAUUAUCAUUUUAUACUCCACCUCCCAUUGUGUAAAAUAUAUUCUU